AUGGACUCUCAGCGAACUGAGUAUCCCACUCUCCUGGCUUCGGUCCAACCCGAGCAGGCCAUUACACUGCUUCAAGACCGCGUCUCCUUAAUCGCUAAAAUAAACAACGACAUAGCCGAUUGGUUGCAGGAGCGCAGAAAGGUCGAGGAAGCAUACGUCGCAGGGCUUCGGAAACUUGCGCGAAAGCCUCAACAGGACGCAUCGGCAAUCCUCGGAGUUUUCCAGACAUCCUGGCAGCGCAUUGUUUCUGGAACCGAGAAUCUAGCCGCAUCCCAUGAGAUUCUCGCCAACAAGCUCGAAACCGACGUCGAAAGCCCGCUCAGGUCUUUCGCAACCCGGAACAGAGAUUCACAAGCUUUGAGUUCGACCCAGGGAAACCUGGCUUUGCUUGCUAAGGACAUUGCCAACGCUCAAAGAAAGGCCGCAAAAGGAGGUAAAAAUGCCGCAAGUGCUAACUCGGUAGUCGCAGAGACGACCCGUCAAUGGGAGGCACAAGCUCCUUACAUCUUUGAGCAGCUUCAAGCCCUGGACGAAACGAGGGUCAAUCACUUGCGGGACGUCCUCACUCAAUUCCAGACCCAUGAGUUGGACGCAAUUGAGAAGAGUCGCGCGAGUGCCGAAUCCAUACUGAACGCUCUCCUCAAUGUCGAAACAGCAGACGAGAUCAAGACAUGGGCGGAAAGGGCAACCACCCAGCGCCCCAGCCUAACUACAAGGCGCAGUUCUGCCACUCCGAGCGCAAGACCUGCAAGCUCUCAUUUACGUCCACCACCAACACCUCCGCCGCCUCGUCAUGCUGAUGACAGAAGAAGCCAGCGGUCAAUUUCAACGGCUGGCCAGGAUAGAUUAACUCCAUUACCGGAUGCUACUCCACAGAAAGAGAAAAGUAAAUUGGGUGGACUGAAGCGCCUCGGCACCGUCAUGAGCAGAAGGAAGAGCACAGCACCGCCCGUACCGCACCAGACCUCCAACGAGGAGAAGAGAAAGACACGGUCGUUCGUACCAUUCAGGCGAGGAGACUCGUCCCGUAGUUUCCAGGACCUGGAAGCUUCAGGUCCGGAUUUGACACCCAGCGCCUCUCAGGACUAUCCCGUCGCACCAUCCGAGGGAAGGUACGAACCACCUGCACACGUGCCAGCUGAGGACCCUGUACCUGCUGCCCUCACGAACGGCACUACUCCGCCGCAACCUACACAGGACUCUCAGAUGGAAAUGGCGACGUCACAGCAAUCACCACCUGAAACUCACCUUCCUCCGCCAUUAGAACCUGCAUUUCAAGAACCUCCGGCUCCUGCAACACCUGCAAAGGAUCCUAUAACUCAAGCGCAACGAGAUGCCGCUGCUGCAGCCCUGGCUGGGGAUGAAUCAUCCCGCAAUUUUCAGAUCCGUGAUCAACCAAUUCAAGAAGACGAAAGUGAAGCUCAGCUUGCCUUGAGCAACAUCGCAAAUCAAUUACGGACUCAGGCACAAAGCUCCGGUAUUAAUCGUGUCCAGGGCAGCAUGAGAGGUCGACGAGAUGUGCGAAACACUAUGUUCAUUCCUAAUGAUGCGCUAGACUCAAUCCCUGCAAUUCCGCAGGGUGGACCUGCCCUGGCCACUAGUAUUCCUGCGGCCUCAAUGUCCAAUGAGAAUGUUCUCGCAUCACCAAUGCAACGACUCCCCGUUGCGCCGGCUCUACAUGAGGACCAUGGCGUUGGAUCUGACACCACUUCAAUAUAUUCCUCCCGAAGUUUGGGCGCGCCUAGUAAUCAUGCAGAUUUGCACGAGCCUGGUCUUAACGUCUCUAUCCUUGAGACAGUCCACUCUUGGUUCACAGAUUCUGGUGUUAGCAAAUCAUUUGUCCUUGGGGAAAUCGCGUUUGCAUACAACCUUACAGGUAGCACUGACCCAGAACACGAAACAAUUCGUCUGCAACAUUUUGAACUGCUUGACAAAGUGGCUGCUAAUCCUAUAUACCUGACACAAGCAAAGUCUGGUGGCACAGCCUUGUCAGAGGAGCAAGCAGGGACGUACACAAUUGCGACCUCACCCAUUCGGCGAUCUUCACCUCUAGUUGGACUGAAGUAUCAACUCCACCUUGAAGAUGCGAAUCUGGCGCAAUACAGCCCAGUCUUGAUUACUCCAGCAUGGCAAAUCGUUGAGGGUCAGGUCAGUGUGAUCGUGUUGUAUAGUCUAAACCCCCUCUUCGGCAGCGAUUCAGUGAACCUCAAGAACGUUGUCAUAAGCGUCAACCUUGAUAUUUCGGGGGAAGGGACUGGAAAGCCAGUUUCAGCUAUGAUGUCCCCAACCGCUGGUGCCACUUUCAAACGGAAAACGUCUGCAGUGGUUUGGAAACUCAAUGACCUUACUGUCAAAGCCGAGCAAGAGCGACUUCUAGUACGGUUCGUUACCCAAGGCGGUCUAGCCAAGAAGGGAACUGUCGAAAUGAAAUUCGAGAUCCCGGGACGGGUCGCCUCAUCAAUUGGCGUGGAGAAGAUCCUCCCGCCAAAUGGUAAAGAGAGAGAAGCCGACCCUUUCGCAGAUGAUGGAGGUGAAGGCAGCAGCGCCCGAGGUAGCGCUGAUGAAAAGAGAUGGGAGUUGCUCUCCACACGUAAAAGGCUUGUCAGUGGCCGUUAUACCGCUAGCUGA